AUGCCGCGCCCCAAGCGCACAAAAGUCGCGUCGACCGCAGCUCAACCCACACGCGUCGCCGUCACACCCAAGCUCGCGACAACCACAGCAAGCCGCCUCAAUGCACCACGCGUAUCCUCUGAACAUACCGACGAAGUCAGCGAUGAUAGCCAAGGGUUUGUAAAAACUGUCAAAGGACCUCCGCGCGGAAGGCGAGGCGCGCAACGGCCGUCGGACACGGUGAAGAUGACAGGCGCACUCGGCGAAGGCGCCGUCAAGAACGCGCGCAAGGCGAACACUAGGCCGAGACAGCUGGUGAAGAAGGUCGCGCAGGAUCCUGGACAAACGAACGCGUUGGACGCGCUCAGGAAGAGACGGGAUGAAGCGUUGAGAGCAAAGGGCGCACAAGCGGGCGUGUCGUCACCGGCGCAAGUGCAGCAGACUCCGAGGGCUGAGCCACAGCGAGAGCCUGUGAUACAGGUGUCGUCGGCGGCAACGAGUGACACGGAAGAUCUGUAUGCGAUGCCAGCCCCGAGACCGGCGCAGAAGACGCCUCAGACACAAGCGGCGCCUGUUGCGCCUAUGAACCGGAUUGAGGCUCCAUCGACCACAACCCGGACCGUUCAGCGCAUCACGAAAACCUCAUCGCCACACGGUCCGCCGAUCCCGCUGUCCGCAGCCAAGCCACAAAGCACACCAGGGCCUGAGACUUCCGUCCUCGCUCUAGCCAACUUUAGGCGCAGGCCACGCCAACCGAGCAUCCUGCGUAUGGUCGAGCAGCAUAAUGAUGACGAGGAUGAUACUCUGGGGGAUUUCAACCCUGACGACGAGUCAACGCCCGUAGGCACAAGGAAAGUUACCGUACCCUCGAGCGCGGUGGCCGGGACUCCUGAAGAAGCGCGUACCUCGAGCUCCAGGAAGCGCAAGCACUCGUCACUGGAGCCGGAUUCGGAGAUACAAGUACUUCGUUCAUCACCACCCCUAAUCAGCCCCCCUAUCGGCGGACGCGACGAAGACAGCGCACAUGAGUCAUCGAGCUUGCCAGACCGCAUGCCCGACACGCAGGAAGCUCCCACGACCCACGAAACAGAGCAAGCCCCUGAAAUAUGGAGCGAAACCAUGGCCCCCCCAGAAUCCAGCAGCCCCUCCCACCGCAGCCAAGAACUCCGCAAGCACGACGCACCACCUGCAAGGCGCCGAGGCCGUCCCCCACGCGCGCGGACUGCCGAUCAUUCCGACCUCUCCGACGCCGAAGACGCCGCAACCACGCCCGCCCGCCCAAAACGCAACGCCCAGCCGAUACCUAAGAAAGCUCCCGCUCUAACCACGGCGGCGCUAGCGAGUCUGCUCCCCCAGCGCCGCCGGAAACCACGCGACGCGCGAGCGAAAUCGCCGUUCGAGAUCCCGAGCUCGUCUGACAUCGCGAUGGUCGACACAGACGAAGACGAGCUACAGCAGGCGCCUGCGCGGAGAGGCCGUGGCAAAGCGCCCACAAAGACGGCGGCUAGGACGCCGAAGAAGGGCGGAGGCGCCGGGAAGCUCAAAUCUGCGUCGCCGCUUUCGGCAAGGAAGGGGGGUGCGGGUAGGCCUGCGACCACUACGCCGGCAGCAGCGACCAGGAGAACGUAUACACGUCGUCCGCGCCCGACAUCGGACCAAGAAAACAACAACGGCGACUCCUCGGGCCUGAGCGAGCCGCCCUCGGGCAGCGAGUCGCAGGGAGAGGGCGAUACGACGGUCGUGGAGAUUGUGAGUAAGAGCAAAGAGCUGGCGGCCGCGAAGCAGAAGUUCGAGGAGGUCGAUCAGUGGGAGAUGGAGUUUGAGAGCGCGGAUCUUAUAGGGGGCGAGUCGAGCCCCUGGCGGUGA